AAUGGGCAUUGGUGGUGAAUAUUCAAAAUGUCUUCAGGAUCAUUCAAAUUGUUUUCAUGACCAUUCAGUUGCCGAUAGUACUGAUUCAAAGUGUCUUCAGAAUCUUUCAAUUGCAGCCGGUAGUGAUACAAAUUGUCGUCAGGAACUUUCAGCUGACAAUGCUGCUGAUUCAAGGUGUCUUCAGGACCUUUCACUGGACUUUGGUGGUGAUUCAAAGUGUAUCCAGGACCUUUCCAUUUGCAAUGCUUGUGAAAGGUGUGGCUUAAAUGUCACUAGCUAUGGGGAAGAGAAAUCGUCCUUUGGGUACACUAAAGUGAAGAACUCAAGGUUCCUUCAAUUCUUGAAGCCAGAUCCUGUACUCCAUGGUCCGAUUUAUCAGGAGAAGCUACAUAGAGAGACUAAAGGGACUACUAUUAUUGCUUGGGUUUUAAACCAAGCACCUGCUGUAAUGGCUGGUUUUGAUUCCAGGAUCACUAAGCAUGAUGAACUAGUUUCAGAUACAUCGAAAAAAUUUGAAAUCAUUAGUCCAAAGAUACUCGCAUUAGGUGCAGGAAGCUAUUAUGAUAUUAAGAAGACAUUUAAUAUUAUGAAGUACUGCAUUCCAAACAAGAUUAUGAGACAUCUUGAAGUCAUAUUUAAGCUAGGAGAGUAUGCUCGUGAUAGGCCCGUGAGAAAGAAUGUUGAUUUGUAUACCUGUUUUAUUCUUGGUGUGCAGUCUGAGGAACCAACCCUUUAUCGACUUGACAGUGACCUUGAUCCUCCUUUAGAGAAAUGUGAUGGUGUAGAAUUAAGUGGCACCGGGGAUCUAGCGGCUUAUGAAGCAUUGACAGAAGAAACGGAGGAACCUGUGGAAGGUUUUCAUGUAGAAGACACACAUAGAAAAGUUAAAUAUGCAUUUCUUAAGGCAGCUCUAACCGAUCCCUCUACCGGUGGUAUUAUAACUGUGGCAUAUAUUGAUGAUGAUGGAAUGGAAAGAAUGUCCAGCAAUACGGUUGUAGAAUUGUAUAUACAAUUCUAUGACAAGUUCCGUUCUCUUGAAGACCGAAUUGUGUUUCUAUUUUAUGAUAAUGUUCAAAAGAAAAAGCUUUCGUCAUUUCUUGGGUGAUGUCAGAUUUCUGUUUUUGCUAUAUAUUAUAAGAAAACUUGAUGAACACCACAUUGUAUAGAACUUAAAUUCAUUAUUAUAUAUGAUUUAGUUCUGAAUUCAAAUGUCAUGUAUAAGUUAAGG